AUGAAGGCAAUACGGCGCUCUCUCAAGACUGAAAAAUCGCACGACUCCCGAUCCUCCCAUCAAUCACGCCCGUCGCUACACCAAAAGUCUGCGAUAGCCAUCAUACCUCCCAAGAAAGUCAUCAAAGCGCUAUACGACUACGAGCCUGAGGAUAACAACAGCAACGAGCUAGCUUUUCGCAAGGGCGACUUCUUCCAUGUCAUUGGUCGCGAGGACGAUUCCGAGUGGUAUGAGGCUUGCAACCCGUUGCUGCCCUCUGCAAAAGGACUGGUUCCUGUCGCAUUCUUUGAGAUUAUAGGGAAACAGCAAAGGCAGAGCGGGCAGUCGAUCGGAGGCGGUACAGGCCACGACUCGGGCUUCUCGGAAAAAGGGCUGACUGCGGGCCUGCAUGAUCGAUCAAAAUCUGUCGAGACUACUACCGCGCCCAAGAUAAUGCAUGCCAGAGGUCUUAGUGCCACAAAAGGAGGUACUAUGGUCUAUGGCUUGGUCAUGUACGAUUUUCAGGCUGAAAGGCCGGACGAGCUAGAUGCAAAAGCUGGUGAGGCUAUAAUAGUUGUCGCUCAAUCGAACCCAGAAUGGUUUGUCGCGAAGCCAAUAGGCCGACUGGGCGGACCAGGGCUGAUACCCGUCUCUUUUGUGCAAAUAAGAGAUACCAUGACUGGCGAUCCAGUCAGCGAUCCAGUCUCUGCAGUCAAGGCUGCUGGUGUCCCGAGGGUAGAAGAGUGGAAAAGGACAGCAGCAGAAUACAAGAAUAGCAGUAUAAGUUUGGGUCAAAUAAAUACUCCUCAGAUUGGAGGUGCACAACAAAUAACACAGGGCAUGGAUAGAAUGAGCUUACAAAGCCAGCAAAGGCAGCAAGCACAACAGCAACAAGCCCGUUACGACCAGUCACGACAACAACCUCGAGAGGAUCAGCUUCUUGCACCAAUAAAAGCCAGUGUGCCAAGGUAUUGCUUUGAUAAUGACAUGUACUGGUACAUCAUCGAAGCUCAAAUGUCCGACGGUCGUUGGUGGGAGUUAUCACGCUACUAUGCCGACUUCUACGACUUCCAGAUAGCCCUCCUCGAAAAGUUUCCGGACGAAGCAGGAAAUAAAGGCAAGGCAAGGUCUCUGCCUUUCAUGCCCGGACCAGUUGCACACGUCACAGACGCUAUAUCGAAUGGAAGGCGGCAGAACCUCGACGACUACAUCAAGAAAAUCGUCGAACAGCCGGAUCACAUUCGUGAGGAUAUACUAGUUCGAAAAUUGUUCGCACCAAAACCUGGUCAGGACUACGAGAUCGACCCAGAGGCAGUAGAGGUAGACUAUAGAUUUAGUGGACAUAGUAUAGCUCAGACACAAAGCAGACAGAGCAGUGGUGCGGGCAGCUCACAGCAGAACAGCACUUUUGGAACCAUGCCACCACCACCGUCAGGUCCAGCAAGCUCGAUGCGCAGCCUCAACGGAGGUUACCAACAGACUCGAUCGUCACAAGGCCAGACUCAACCUCAUCCGCAACACCAACAGCAGCAGCAGCAAUACCCACCAUUACAUUCUCAGGCCUCAAACCUAACCACAACCUCAACAAGCACCCACAACUCCAUCACCGUCACACAACCCGCAGCACCUACACCCGCCACAGGCACGACCACUGGCACAACACACUACGAAAACAUAUCCCUCGAGCCUUCCUUCAAAUUCAAACUCGAACACGACACCGAAAUCCUAGCUGUACGUCUAGAACUGAACGCUGACUUUCAAGGCCUGAUGGAGAAAGUCCGGCUGAGGCUGAAGGUCGUGAACGACCCGAGCAUAAAGAUCAGUUUGAAGUAUCGUGAUGAUACAAAGGGGACGACGGUGCCGUUACGGAAUAAUGAGGACUUGAGGCAGGCGAAGGCACAGAGGAAUAUGAGGGUUGUGGCGGAGUUUGUGGACUAG